AGCACAUUUCCUUCCUUCAGUGUUAAUAAAAAGUGCUUAUUAUAUUUCAUGAACACUAUCGCUAACUCAAGUGAUUAAAUAUAAUUAAAUCUACUAUUUCAUAUAACAAUACACUCUCUAAAUGCUGUAGGAACUCUCCAUUAAAUAUGCUCACUUUCUCCUCCGCGUUGUACUUACUAGUAUUUAACUUCCUUGCACCUGCUGUCGAUUCCAGUGACUCUUGUAAGAACGUACAGACCGUAGAUGCAGGAUUGUAUAAGGCCUACUGCGAUGGUCCUUUCUUCCAAUCACUUCUUCCAGAUACUGAGGAAAACAGGCUUUUAGACAAUGUCUGCUUCACUUUCUUUCCAGCACCGGACGAUCCGAAUACCUACUUUGGAUAUGAGGCCCGCGUUUAUUGUGAUGGAUCCUACUCCGUGAUGUCGUUUGUUGGGCUACAAGCAUCAACUGGAAUCCAAAUUGUUGCAACCCCAUUUGUUACUGCUACUGACCAUACCAUCGGCUACCCUGGAUGCGAUAUCUACUUGAUAUACCGCUGUAGCAACUUUGGAGCUUCAUUUGAUCCAUUUGUGUACGCUGCUUCCUUCACCUGUAACCCAGUCGGGCUGUCUUGUCUACGAAAAGUGGAAGAGCUGAUAAGAGAUCGUGGACUUCCUGAACAAGAUUUCUAUGUGCUGCCCAUGAAGUUGCCUAACCGCUGUGUGACCCAGCAGUUAUGUAUUCAGCCACCCAAUCCUUUCUAUAACCAUCUUCCGGGAGUGUCUCUAAUUUAGGUAAUUUUGUGUGAGGUAUUAAUGUUUCUGACUUAUAAAUAAAAUAUAAAAUUCUUCA